AUGUCCUUCGAGUCGCCGUCGCAUAGCCAGCCCGUAUACUCUCAGAGCUUCCCGAAUGGACCGGUGUCGAAUCCAGGCUAUGCGCGCAGCUUUGGCGAGAGCUAUGGGCAGGGCCGAGGAUAUGGCGAGAAGCCUCAGAUAUAUACUGCCGUGUAUUCUGGAGUAUCUGUAUAUGAAAUGGAGGUCGCUGGCGUGGCCUGUAUGAGAAGACGCAGCGACGGCUGGCUGAAUGCGACCCAGAUACUGAAGAUCGCUGGUGUCGACAAAGGCAAGCGGACCAAGAUAUUGGAAAAGGAGAUCCUACCAGGCGAACAUGAGAAGGUACAGGGCGGCUACGGCAAGUACCAAGGCACCUGGAUCAGUUAUCGCCGAGGACGGGAAUUCUGCAGACAGUAUGGCGUGGAAGAUAUUUUGCGACCACUUCUGGAAUACGACAUCUCCUCAGACGGCUCUGGAGGCCAAGGCCAGGAAACUCCGACCAAGGAACAAGCCAUGGCUGCAAACCGCAAGCGCAUUUAUCAGCCCGCUGUGGAUGGCGGCAGACCGCAAGGACCAGUAAGCAACGGCACAUUCUUCCAGAAUAUAUCACCCACAUCUUCAGUCGCCUUGGCAGCAAUGAACAAGGCCGCACGUAUUCACUCACCCGCUCCACGACCCGCCAGUGCACAAAGGCUGGGGAACAUGCGAAACCCAUCUCAAUCAGAUAUGUUCCCGGGAGGCAGUCAACAAAGCCAAGGUAGCUUCAUUGACGACUCUGGCUAUGGCACGCAGCAGAAUGGAUCUGAGCCACCACGAAAGCGCAUGCGACAAGACAGCCAGGACGGCAUGGCUCCUCCGGCACUGCCACUCGAUGCAUCCAUGCGAUCCGCUAGUCCGACUGAGCCAAGCGAGAGCUUCAUGUACGACAGCAAUCAGCAGCCGCAGGAGUUCGGUAGCUCUGGCGAACCAGUCACGCUUCCGCCUUUGCCCGCACCACAGACUGACGAGGAAGAGGAGAAGUACCAUCUCAUCCUGGACCUGUUGUCUGAUGCUGGUGGCCUUGAUUAUGCUUCGCAUGAUGCCAUCAAGAAACUCUCCGGCGAGGAGCUCAAUAUGCCACUCGACCACUCUGCCAACAACGCCGUGCAUUGGGCCGCAACGAUGGGAAAGUUAUCCUUGCUCAAACUGCUCAUCAGCAGAGGUGCAAACAUCUGGCGAGGUAAUGCUGCAGGCCAGUCGCCUCUUGUCAGCGCUGUGCUCGUCGCGAAUUGCUGGGACAAAACAUGCUUUCCCGAGCUACUCGAGCUACUAGGUCCUUUGAUAGAGGUGCGAGAUGCUCAGGGAAGGACGAUACUCCACCACAUUGCCGUCUCGUCAGCCAUCAAGGGUAGGGCACCAGCCAGUAAAUACUAUCUGGAGGCUUUGCUGGAGUAUCUCGUUCGUAUCGGCACGCAAACGAGCAACUCUGCUGCGACCGCGACUUCACUGGCUGCUGCGGCCGUGGCAAGCAUGAAAGCCCAAGCAAAUGGCGAUCCUUCGAGCCAAGAUUCGAUAGCUUCGACCGCGAAUAAGCAGGGAGCCGUCAGUCUUGUUCGUUUCCUAUCACACAUUGUCAAUGCACGAGACAAGGCCGGUAACACCGCUCUGAAUUUGGUUGCACGUAUUGGCAAUCGAAGUAUAAUCCAGCAAUUACUCGAGAUCCAUGCGGACCCAAGUAUUGCCAACUAUAAGGGUGUGAGUGCCAAGAGCUUCGGCAUAGGCAUCGAGUCUGGAGAACAGCCUAGCAUUGGAAAUGGCUCUGCAAGUCAACAGCUUCCGCAGAGCCUGCCACCUACGCAAGAGAUGGUGGGCAGAGACGGUGAGGGAGGAGAGGCUGAGAUCAAUGACAGUCAAAUUGAGGAGAUGAGUCAGGAUGUGGUGGAGUGUAAGCUAUCAUUCAAUCCCCCCAAAGUCUGGAAAUUUGCUAAUAUCUACCCAGCAAUGACCGCAAUGCUCACCCAGAAUCUCAACUCGCACAAAGAGACUCUUCGACUCCGGACAGAACAAGUUGAUCGCCUGAACGAACAGAUCCGCGAGCUCAGCGCACUGCAAAAAGCGGACCUGGAGCGGCUACAAGCACUGAAAGACAGAGUGAAGCUGCGCUCAGAACGACAAGCCAAAAUCACGAAUCUCAAGCGCGCCGUCCACGAACGUCGAAAUGCUGUGAAGCCGAACAGAAAACGUGGAGCUCCUGCCCAGCAGCAGCAGCUAGAGCAAGAGAUGAUCGACGAUCGCGGCCAUGAGAUCUUAUCCCACGCUUCACCUAAUGGUGACUCGCACCUAACUCGAGACCAACACACCUACCUCACUAACAACCCCCAUCUCGCCUCCUCCGCACCAAAACAGCUACACUCCCGCAUCUCAGCCUACGAAACCCACAACUCCGCCCUUCAGGACCAAGCGACCGAUCUCGCUUCCCGAAGUAGUGAGCUAGAAGCUACAUACCGCAAAGUCGUCUCCCUGUGCACCGGUGUGCCGGAAGAGAGGGUCGAGGAGAAUCUAGGGGCGUUGGUGGCGGCUGUGGAGAGCGAGAGGGGGGUUUUGGGGGAAGGGGAGGUGGGGAGGGUGAGGGAGUUUUUGAAGAGGGUUGAUGGGCAGGCGGUUGGGGGUGUUGGGGAUAGUUGA